AUGUUCGACGGUCGGAAAUGGCGGGAGACGGGUAAGAAAGCAAAGUUGUUGAUGAGUGGAAUUCCUGCGCCAAGAUCUUUUUGGGAGCUCCGAGCUUCUUUGCUCCCGUCAACUCCUACACACCAACACCCUUUCCUCCUCAACUUUUGCGCCAUGAGCUUACUAGCAGUCAACACUGUCGACCGCUUGGACCGACCGAGCGCAUACUUCGGUGGCAAGAACAAGCGACGCAGAUAUAAUGAAGAGGAGGAGCAGCAAGAGCAAGAGAAGGCCGACAACAAGUUGAAGAACGCAACUACCCUCUAUGUGGGUAAUCUAUGUGGCGAGAUUAAGCGACUGGUGAUGGGCCUCGACCGUUUCAACAAGACACCCUGCGGGUUUUGCUUCGUGGAAUACUACACUCAUCAGGAUGCGCUGGACUGUUUGAAGUAUGUCGGGGGAACUAAGCUGGACGAAAGAAUUAUUCGAACAGAUCUGGACCCCGGGUUCGAGGAAGGGCGACAGUUCGGACGUGGUAAAUCGGGUGGACAAGUGCGUGAUGAAUACCGCGAAGAAUACGACCCGGGUCGUGGUGGAUAUGGCCGCGCCUACGAUGAGCAGCGCCAGCGUGAAGAGGAUGAAUACGGCGCCGGAAGGUAA